CAAGGCAAUAACAAAACAAUAAUAGCACAACUCCGUUGCACUAUCUCUUCUUGGAAAUUUUGCACUCUUUCUUCUUCUUCUUCUUCUUCUUCUUCUUCUUCUUCUUCUUCUUCUUCUUCUUCUUCUUCUUCUUUUCUCUAAUUAGUAAUUCCACACGCCAUCUACCUCUAUUUAACCAGAAAAAGAUCUUCCACACUUUUACCUACAAAAAAAAAAGAAAGAAAAAUCAAUCAAAAGCAGAAUAUCCGAACAAGAGGGGGUUAACAUGGCCGUCUCAGCGAUUAACUGCAGCUUCAAUGUUUUUUCUUCUCCUCCAUCUCAGUCCUCAUCUAAAAGCAGCAGCAGCACCACCACCACCAAUCUUGUUCCAUGGCAAAGGAAGGAAACAGGUUCGUGGAACCGUCAAUGUAUGGUUGGGAUGAUGGCAUGUGCUAUCAUCAAUGGAUCUGACAUUAUGAUGCCUUCGAUUAGUAAUGGUGCAGAUAGUUACACAAGUGGUGCUGGUGAUCAUCAUCAGACGGCGAAGUUGUUAGUCCAAUCUGAACAACAGAGGGAAGUUAUGACAACAAAAUGGAGUGAUAAGAUUAGAGCAUGCCCACCAUGGCAUAUCAAUUCCUUCGAAACUAUCGUUCCUGAAAAUCUCCCUAGACCUUCAGCUCAUCGGAAAUCCGAGUCUGUUGGCCGCGGAACUACUACAAGCUUCACUUUUAGAAGAGUUAUCAGAACAGUGAAUGAUUGCUUUUCCUUGUGAGUAAUACACACAAAUUUGUACAUAGUAGGCAGUACUUAGUUGUAAUAUGUUUGUAAAUGCCAAAAAUUUGUGUUGCACAAUAAUAAUAUCAUACUGUUAAUUUUUCUUA